GGUGUCGGCUGCGAGUGGGAAAUGGCGGAGUACUUGGCCUCCAUCUUCGGCACCGAGAAAGACAAAGUCAACUGUUCAUUUUAUUUCAAAAUUGGAGCAUGUCGUCAUGGACACAGAUGCUCUCGGUUGCACAAUAAACCGACCUUCAGCCAGACCAUUGCCCUCUUGAACAUUUACCGUAACCCUCAAAACUCUUCCCAGUCUGCUGACGGUUUGCGCUGUGCUGUGAGCGAUGUAGAGAUGCAAGAACAUUAUGAUGAAUUCUUUGAGGAGGUUUUCACAGAAAUGGAGGAGAAGUACGGGGAGGUGGAGGAGAUGAACGUCUGUGACAACCUCGGAGACCACCUCGUGGGGAACGUGUAUGUCAAGUUUCGCCGUGAAGAAGACGCGGAAAAGGCUGUGAUUGACUUGAACAACCGCUGGUUUAACGGCCAGCCGAUCCACGCGGAGCUCUCCCCAGUGACCGACUUCAGAGAAGCCUGCUGCCGCCAGUACGAGAUGGGGGAGUGCACGCGGGGCGGCUUCUGCAACUUCAUGCACCUGAAGCCCAUCUCCCGGGACCUGGGACGGGAGCUGCAUGGGCGCCGGCGCAAGAAGCAUAGAUCUCGGUCCCGCUCCCCGGAGCGUUGCUCUCGGUCCCAGGAUCAUGGUUGCCGCGGUGGAGGUGGCAGAGGGCGGGAGCGUGACAGGAGGCAGUCGAAAAACCUGGAAAGGUCCGGGCGAUUCUGA